AUGGAGUGCAAACCAUGGUAUCCAGCCGACUUCAACCAAGCUCUCCUGAACACCUUCACAGAGGAAGCAUUGGCCGAGCUCCUCGAAAGACCAAACUGUGCACCGCGCUUCGUCUACGGAGUGUUAAUGCUUCCUACCGCACUCAAGUAUUUCAUAGGAGAAAACCCGACCACCGACAUCACAAAAAGAAUGACUCGCGCAUGCGUAUCAGGUUACAUGCUCCACCAGAUCUCACCGCAGAGUCCGCCUGUCGUUGUCCAAACAUCUAAUCCGCGUGAUACUGUGCAAGGAAUGCUCUUGUUGGGACUGGACAUGGACCAGCGGAACUUGAUCUACGAUCUUGAAGGAGGGCUUAUGAACUUGGUGGAUGUGAGGGCUCAGAUUCGUCUGAAGGAUAGUAGCUUACCUUGCCAUGAUAUUUGCAGUGACCGGAUGAUUGAUGCUGGUAUGUUUGCUUGGUAUGGUUCUAGGGAGGGUCUGAUCCCGGUGAAGAGCACGGCUUGGCCUCUGGAUGAGUUUCUGAAAGAAAAGUUCUAUGAGACAUUGUUAAUUCUCAACACAGGAAUAUGCUGGACGGAUCGGGGCUGUUUCUGUAAGACCGGGGUAGCAAUAGGCCUGUCUUUUUCUGGGAUCAUCCGAGAUUAG